CAAUGGUCGAUAAAUUCAGCAACUAUAAAAAUAUAAGGAUACUGAUUGCCUAUUAAUCCUUCUUUAGCAAGUUCUGAUUUCUCAAAAUAUAUUUUUCUAUUUUUGGAUAUAAUAAUUACGUCCAUCAGUUAAUUAAGCAGUGAUCUCCUUAUUUUCCAAAGUCGGCAAUCUUGUGUUGUGAUAUGUGGCGGUAUAUUUAACACUACCUUUAGAAUUUGUAGUACAUAGCUCCAACGAAAUUCCUUUUUGAGAUAUUUCGACGUUUUGGAAGCCCUGGUCAGUGUAGUGCUUUAAAAAUGGAACCCUGUGCUCCGGGCACUGAAGAUGAUCCUCCGAUCAUGUUUUCGACACUAACAAUGAAGGAAAGCGAGCAGCAGCGGAUACUCGGCUUGAAGGGAUUCUUAAAGAACCGUAAAUAUGGAAACGUCUUUGAAAUGUCGUUCUCCAAUGGCGUCGGGCAUUGGUAUUGUAAUAUAUGCGAGUGUCCCGUCAUGGGACGUGUUUUUCCACAUGAGAUUGGUCGAAGACACAUGCAUAAUAUGGCUUUUUUGCAAAAUUCUAAUUCCGCUGAAGAUGAAGAAAAUAAACCUUCCGUUGUUGAAGAGCGGGUAGUCGUGGAGGUAGCACCAGGAGAACCUUUGCCUCCCGGUUUUGAUGAAGCUGAUAGAGUAGCACAAAUUCAGGAACGCCUUGAUGGAUUUAAAUCGGGACCGCUAGUAGCUCUAGAAUAUCUCUUCGAACUACAGGAUGAUGAUCCCAGUAAAGAACCAUUCUAUUUGUGCCUAUUGUGCGAUAGAAAAGGCGACCCACGAACUAUCUUUAUUCAUUUGUCUAGCUAUAAACACAUUUCUCAGUAUUUGCAAAAACAUUUUCCGACUUGUUGGCGUCUUCUUGUUCCUUACAAUACCAAACAAUACAGAAUGAAUUGGCAAAAUGCCUUACAGAAAGUCGCUGAAGGUAUAGAACAAAAAUUUGGACGUCUCAAGCCUUUUCCUAUCGACAAAGAUAAAUUUGAAAAAGAUAGAAUGCAUUAUCUAGAGCUUGUUGUCAAAGGACAUCAUUUUUCUGAACGUAGUGGCUAUACAUUUGAAGAAUUGAUCAUACAUGAUGAGCUAACAAAAACCCAUGAAGGCGAUGAUCGAAGUUAUGAAUCUUCCAUUACUAAUAAUUGGGGCAUUGAGAAACCAGUUAAAAAACGAAGUCCAUCACCACCUGUAGUUGAGACGCCAUUGAGGAGAAGUAAGAAAAAACAAGAGCCAGCUUUUAUGCAAGCUUCCGAUAAGCCACAAGACAAUAAGCCUGGUAUAACAGCUACUCGCCCUGGUAUUAGAAGAAGGUCUUUGUCUAGUGUAUCUAGUUUUUCAGAUCUAAGCGAUGGAGAAAAAAAAGUUCCAAAUCAAAAUAAUGAUCGAAAGAUACCCCUUGCAGCAGGGGGCAGACUUCCACGAAGUAGAUCAAGAGGUAGAUCUCCACGUAAGGGUCCUCCUUAUGCCAGCCGCAGACUUAGCCCUAGACGAAGAUCUCCGUUUAGGCGUAGAUCGCCAUCACCUAGACGUCGUUCUCCACUCCGUCGUUCUCCACUCCGUCGUUCUCCAUUAACGCUAAGACGUCGUUCUCCGUUAUCGCCAAGACGUCGUUCUUCGCUGACUAAGGUAUGUAGAUCCCCGAACAGAAGAAGAUCGCCAUCUCCUAAACACAGACGUCGUUCUCAAUCUCCCACUUACAAGGAAGAACAAGAAAGAGAAAAAAUAAGAAAAGUUGAAGAGUUUGGAAAACUUUCAAGGGCAAUUGAAAAUGAUAUGAUUAAAACUUUAAAACAACAUGAGAAAAAUCCCGAAAAACAUCCUCAAUACAAUGAAGAAUGGAAGAAGUUUUGGAAUACAAGGUACAAAGAAUUAAAGUUGCAAGGUGUUGACGUUAGCAAAUAUGAUUUUAAACCAGAAUGGAUACAAUUUUGGAAUAAACGCAUGGUAGAAUUACACAGCGACGAAGUGAGAAAAAGAAAAGAUGCUUUGAGGAAUCGUUUAGGCCUUCCCGCCAUUACUUUUAAAAUUGAAGCUGAAGCAGCAGUUAAUACUGUACCCGAAAUUGCUAAACCACUUCCGAUGGCAGCUCAACCAGAUCAAGAUGAUGAAAUUAUUCUUAUUGAGGAUAAAAAAGAUUAUUCAAAAGACAAAAAUUCUGUGGGACAAAAAGGUAUUGGUCCACAGCAACAGAAACUUCGUUCUCAGAGUCCAAAAUCAAGAGGCAGAAAAAUACGAAAUAGUCCUAAACGUAUUAAUCGUUCAAGAUCUAGAAAUCGUUCAAUGUCAAGAGACUUAUCUGCCGGUAGACGAAAUCGUUCUAUAUCGAGAGAUUUAUCUUCCGGUAGACGAAAGCGUUCUAUAUCUAGAGAUUUAUCUUACGGUAGACGACCUUCUCCACUGAAUUCAAGGUCGAGGGACUAUCGAGGUAGAGAUUACAAAAUAUCCAAGUCACCCUUCAGAAAUCGCUCCCGUUCUAGAAAUCGUUCCCUUUCCAGAAAUCGUUCCCGUCCCAGAAAUCGCUCCCGUUCCAAAAAUCGCUCUCGUUCCAGGAAUCACUCCCUUUCCAGAAAUCGCUCCCGUUCCAGAAAUCGCUCCCGUUCCAGAAAUCCUCGUUCCAAAAAUCGAUCACUUUCCAGAAAUCGAUCUCUUCCUAAAAAUUCACCAGUACGUCGAAGAUCCAAAUCCAGAGAGAGGAGUUGGGAAAGAAAGAAACCGGUGAGGGAAACCUCGUUUGAAAGAGAUUUGAAAGGAAAAGAUAGAAUAAGAACUGUAGCUGAUUUACCUUGGAAUGUUAGACCACAUCCUUACCAUAUGCCAAUUAUGCGUGAAAGAAUGCCCAUGGAUGUGAGAGCUCCAUCUCCAGAAGAAGAGGAUGACAAUACAGAAGUUAAUGUGGUCAUAGUUCUUCGUAUUCUUACUGCAGUCGAAGAUCGCUUAGGAUCCUUAGGACCCAAAAUUAUUGAUCUUUUAGCUCAAGCUUUAGCUUUGGAAAAAAAUGAGGCCAAUAGCUCGGAUCAGUUACUUGACAACGAUAUAAAUUGUGUUUUGUUUGAAACGGUGAAAGAAAAAUUGAAAGGUCAAAUGAUUGCUGGGCUAGUAGACCAUAUUCAACAGCGAGCGUUCAAAAAAGCUAUAAAGAAGAUAGCAGCUUUAAUGCACGAGGCUGGUCAAAGAAAGAAAAACCGAGAAAAACUUCUUUCUAGGGAGGAUUUCGGACAAAACUCUAGUGGUGGCGUAGAUAAAGCUGCUAUUGCUAGACAAAUCGCCAACGCGCUUGUAGCUCAAGGAAAAACAGAUGUAACACAAGCUGAAUUGGAACAACUUAUAAAUGCAGUGGUUGCCAUGGCAGAAGCAUCGAAAGUUACAACUAAGCCUGUAACAACUGCAGGAUUCCUACAAAUGAUGACCGGUCCAGGAUCUCAAAAUAAAGAAAACGCUAACUUAGAUCAAAGUCCGGGGAAAAAUACUACAAGUAAUAUGGAAAACCUAUCAGAUUCAGAUUUACAGACACUUUUACAGAAUUUCAAAGAUCUUUCGACUGAAGAACAACAGAAUCUAAUAAAUUAUUUAAAAAAGCUAGAGCUCCAAGAACCCGACCGAGUAGAAAAAUUAAGGAAAUUUGUCAGUUUAGAUUCAAAUUCUAAAGAUAAAGAUGAUCAAAAAGAAACAGAAAACGUCAGUGAUGAAGAUAAGCCAAACCCUAAGCAUGACCAAAAGAGUCCCGGUUCAAUUAAUAAUAGUAAUCUUGUUAACAUUGAUUCUGAGGAGGAAAAUGAAGACGAGGAAAGAAAAGAAAAAGAAUCAGAUAAACAGGUUAAAAAGGUAACAGUAGAUUCUGAUGAAGAAGAAUAUACAUUUGACGAUGUUGUUAAAUCAGUCAAAGAUAAGGAAAUUGAACGAACAAAAACUGUAUUAGAAGAUAUUCUCAAGUAUGAUAGCGCAAAACCUAAUGUAAAGAGUGCUAAAGACUUAAUAUCAGAUCUUAUGAGUAAUAUUAUCAAGAAAAAUGCUUCUACAUCAAAAAGUGCUGAUUUAUUAGGAUUGGGGAAAGCUCCUGCAUCUAAUCCUUCUAUGCCGAAUGUUGAUUUAAGUAAACUAUUAAAUAUUAAUGUUGCAAGUCUCGCUAGUAUAGUAAAUAACGUUAAAAGUAUGACUUCAAAUGACACCACUAUGACAAAUAUUACCCCUGGAUCACCAAAGCGAAGUCAACACAAAUUAAAUUUCGAUCUUUCGCAACUAAAAUCAGACGAUAAUAAGGUUUCGUUAGAUGUAGACAAUGCUUUAGCAUUCGGUGGACCAAAUAAAUUUGGUGCUACUCGGCUUGGUCCAGGUAAUUUUGAUAAAUUUCCACUCGAUCAAAAUAGAUUGUCAGUUGGCGGUCCAGGUAUGAUGGGAACAAGAGUUCCUGAACGAUUGGGGCCUGGACCUGGAGGACCAAAUAUGUUUGGACGUGGAGAACAAGAUAGAUUUGGACGUGGAGGGCCAGACCGUUUUGGUCCUGGAGGACCAGAUCAGUUUGGUCCUGCAGGACCAGAUCGGUUCGGAUCCGGAGGACCAGAUCGGUUUGGACCUGGGGGACCAGAUCGAUUUGGACCCGGACCAGAUCGACUUGGCACCGGAGUUCCGGAUCGGAUUGGACCUGAAGGCCCCGAUCGGAUUGGACCUGGAGGACCCGAUCGGUUUGGACCUGGAGGACCAGAUCGGUUUGGACCUGGAGGACCCGAUCGGUUUGGACCUGGAGGACCCGAUCGGUUUGGACCUGGAGGACCCGAUCGGUUUGGACCUGGAGGACCAGAUCGGUUUGGACCUGGAGGACCAGAUCGGUUUGGACCUGGAGCACCAGAUCGAUUUGGACCUGGAGCACAAGAUCGGUUUGGACCUGGAGGACGCGAUCGUUUUGGACCUGGAGGACCAGAUCGGUUAGGACCUGGAGGACCAGAUCGGUUAGGACCUGGAGGACCAGAUAGAUUAGGAGCUGGAGGACCAGAUAGAUUAGGACCUGGAGGAUCGGAUCGGCUUGGACCAAGCGGUCCCGAUAGAUUUGGUCCUGGCGGUUCCGAUAGAUUUGGCCCUGGCGGUUCUGAUAAAUUUGGACCGAACACUCAAGAUAGACUAGGACCUGGAGGACCACCUAAGAGAUUCGGAGUUGAUGGUCCGGAUAAAUUUGAUAUUCCUGGACCAGAUAGAUUUGAUACAAGAGGUCCGGUUAGGAUGCCUGCAGGACCAGAAAGAUUUGAUGCUGGAGGCUCCAAUAGAUUUGGGGGGCCAAAUAGAAUGGAAGAAAAUCUUGAAGGCUUUGGCGGUCCUGAUAGGGGAUUCGGUCAUCCCGAUGGUGGGAUGGCAGGACUUGGAGCACCAAGAGGUAUGGGUCCUAGAAUGAGUGCACCUAAUGGUCCGAGGGCAGCCAAUCCUCACUUUAAUAGAGGUGGACCAAGACCAGGUCCAAGAGGUUUACAGAGAUUGCCAGCUCCAGGUUUCAAUCGACCAGUUGGAGGUUUUAAUAAUAGGUGGUAGAUUUGAAUAGAUAGUUGUAGUAAAAUAGAUGUAUUAAUAAAUAUUUCUGACCACACUUGAA